AUGGCCAACUUGGUCGUCCAGGACUGUCCGGUUCAUCUAUCGAUUAACAAUCACACUAUGCUAGCCAUAAGUGUCGAUGGUGCUGACAUUGAACCAAUCGAAGUUGAUUCGAUUCGAUCGCUUUCUGGUGAGAGGUACGAUUUUGUGGUGGAGGCGAAUCAAGAAAUCGACAACUACUUGAUGUACUUCGUAGGUGACAUUGUUUGUGAGAGACUCGGUUGCCAUCAGGUCGCGGUCUUGCACUACAAGGGCGCGCCAGAUUUUAAACUCAUGAAUGUACCUACAGCCCAGGCAAGAUUAAGCACCGGACUGUUCACCACUAACAUACGCGAACUGAAUCCCUAUAAUCAAGGAAUGGAAACACCUGGUUCCUACUGCAUUGCUUCGCUUAAUUCUGCAGAGCCUGACGAUUUGUCGAUCUCACGUGACCCCGAUCACCAGAUCUACAUUUCCUAUGAUUUCUACGAAAUGGACAACGAUGAUUACCAUCGAAGAGAUCUAUACGGCUACUAUCAAGGUAUUUUUUAG